AUCUCUGUUGGUUGCUCGGCCAGGCUCCACGUCAAAUCCAGUUUGAAACACACACCCUAGGACCACGCAGGAGGUGGUGGGCUCUCAGGAAGGUUCCUCUCCCAGUGGCCAUGGGUGGCAACAGUGGGCAGGCUGGCCGCCACAUCUAUAAAUCCCUAGCUGAUGAUGGUCUCUUUGACUCUGUGGAGCCGCCUAAAAGACCCACCAGCAGACUCAUCAUGCACAGCAUGGCCAUGUUCGGACGAGAGUUCUGCUACGCGGUGGAGGCAGCGUACGUGACCCCAGUCCUGCUCAGCGUGGGUCUGCCCAGCAGCCUGUACAGCAUUGUGUGGUUCCUCAGCCCCAUCCUGGGAUUCCUGCUGCAGCCCGUGGUCGGAUCGGCCAGCGACCACUGCCGGUCCAGGUGGGGCCGCCGGAGACCCUACAUCCUCACCCUGGGAGUCAUGAUGCUCGUGGGCAUGGCUCUGUACCUCAAUGGGGAUACUGUUGUAGCAGCUUUGAUUGCUAACCCAAGGAGGAAGCUGGUUUGGGCCAUAAGUGUCACCAUGAUAGGUGUCGUUCUCUUUGAUUUUGCUGCUGACUUCAUUGAUGGGCCCAUCAAAGCCUACUUAUUUGAUGUCUGCUCCCAUCAGGACAAGGAGAAGGGCCUCCACUACCAUGCGCUCUUCACAGGUUUUGGAGGUGCCCUGGGUUACCUUUUGGGUGCUAUAGACUGGGCCCAUCUGGAACUGGGAAGACUGUUGGGUACAGAAUUCCAGGUCAUGUUCUUCUUCUCUGCGUUGGUGCUCACUUUGUGUUUUAUUGUUCAUCUGUGCAGUAUCUCUGAAGCCCCACUUACAGAUGUUGCAAAGGGCAUUCCCCCACAGCAAACCCCUCAGGACCCUCCAUUGUCAUCAGAUGGAAUGUACGAGUAUGGUUCUAUCGAGAAAGUUAAAAAUGGUUAUGUAAAUCCAGAGCUGGCAAUGCAGGGAGCAAAAAACAAAAAUCAUGCUGAACAGACUCGCAGGGCAAUGACAUUAAAGUCACUGCUGAGAGCACUGGUGAGCAUGCCUCCUCACUACCGCUACCUUUGCAUCAGCCACCUCAUUGGAUGGACGGCCUUCCUGUCCAACAUGCUGUUCUUCACAGAUUUCAUGGGCCAGAUUGUGUACCGUGGGGAUCCCUAUAGUGCACACAACUCCACGGAGUUUCUCAUCUACGAAAGAGGAGUCGAGGUUGGAUGUUGGGGCUUGUGCAUCAACUCCGUGUUUUCCUCACUAUAUUCUUACUUUCAGAAAGUUUUGGUAUCCUACAUUGGAUUAAAGGGUCUUUACUUCACGGGAUAUUUGCUGUUUGGCCUGGGGACGGGAUUUAUUGGGCUCUUCCCGAAUGUCUACUCCACGCUGGUCCUGUGCAGCCUGUUUGGUGUAAUGUCCAGCACCCUGUACACCGUGCCCUUUAACCUCAUUACUGAGUACCACCGCGAGGAAGAAAAGGAGAGGCAGCAGGCCCCAGGAGGGGACCCAGACAACAGCGUGAGAGGGAAGGGCAUGGACUGCGCCACCCUCACAUGCAUGGUGCAGCUGGCUCAGAUCCUGGUCGGAGGUGGCCUGGGCUUUCUGGUCAACACAGCCGGGACCGUUGUCGUCGUGGUGAUCACAGCGUCUGCAGUGGCACUGAUAGGCUGUUGCUUUGUGGCUCUCUUUGUUAGAUAUGUGGAUUAGGUCAAUAAAGAGACAAUCACCCUAACCUCAGACACAGUGAAGCACAUGGCAGGAAGUUAACAUUUUCUGAAGCUCUGAAUCUUAGG